AUGAGCGUUUCGCAGGAAAAGUCUUCGCCAGCUGCCGAGGAAGCUAAGUCGCCUAGUUUCCAGUCCUAUUUGAACAAUGAUGGGAUAGAUGAAUUGCAACCCGCGGAGCGGAAGCACAAAGUGUCGUCGCUCUCACUUUCGGACUUGAAUCAAUGGCAGAGUGGAUUGACAAAAUUGAGCUCCUCAACGUCAUUGAAUAAUAAGAGCUCAGGAAGUUUAAAAAAGGUUGAUUCUUUAGCCAAGUUGUCGCGAAACUCUUCAAUUAUUAAGAGGAAGAAGAAGUCUGUGAUUGAUCACGUCAGAGUCGCUUCGUAUGCAUUUUGCUUCGACAUUGAUGGUGUGAUUUUGAGGGGUCCAAACACGAUUCCAGAAGCUGUUGAUGCGAUCAAGUUAUUGAAUGGUGAGAACAAAUAUAAUAUUAAGGUUCCAUAUGUGUUUGUUACUAAUGGAGGAGGUAAACCAGAAGCUGUGAGAGCCGCCGAUUUAUCUAAAAGAUUAGGUGUUCACAUUAACCCAGAUCAAAUUAUCCAGGGUCAUACUCCUAUGAAGGAUUUGGUUCACCUUUAUAAGAAUGUAUUAGUUGUUGGUGGUGUUGGUAACGUUUGUCGUCACGUUGCAGAAUCAUAUGGUUUCAAGAAUGUUUACACGCCACUUGAUGUUUUGAAAUGGAAUCCAGCCGUUACUCCAUAUCAUGACAUGACUGAAGAAGAACGUAAAUGUGCUCGCGAUGUUGAUUUUUCCAAAGUUAGCAUUGAUGCAAUUUUAGUCUUCGCAGAUUCAAGAAACUGGGCUGCAGAUCAGCAAAUCAUCUUAGAAUUAUUGUUAAGUAAGAAUGGUGUAAUGGGCACUGAAUCAAAGACCUAUGACGAAGGUCCUCAAAUUUAUUUUGCUCACUCGGAUUUUAUAUGGGCAACAAAUUAUAAGUUGUCGCGAUAUGGUAUGGGUGCUUUGCAAGUUUCUAUAGCUGCCUUGUACAGAGAGCAUACCGGUAAGGAGUUGAAAGUUAAUAGAUUCGGUAAGCCUCAGAAAGGAACUUUUAAGUUUGCUAACAAGGUCUUGAGUAAUUGGAGACAAGGUGUGUUGGAUGAACACUUGAAGAAGCUCUCAAUCAACGAUCCAAAUGCUGAUGAAGCAGAUAUUUUGAUCAAUGAUGAUGGUGAAGAGAUCAUUAAUCAAUCAAAAUUGGAGAACUAUGACUCUGACUCAGAAUCUGAAGAUGAUGUUGAUGAGCCGUUGGCUGUUGUUGGGAAACCUGAUAAGAUCACCUUACAGUUGCCGCCUGCAUCUACUGUAUACUUCGUUGGUGAUACCCCUGAAUCAGACAUUAGGUUUGCUAACUCUCACGAUGUCUCAUGGCAUUCUAUUUUGGUGAAAACUGGAGUUUAUCGUGAAGGCACGGUUCCAAAGUACAAACCUAAGCACCUAUGUGAAAAUGUGUUGGAAGCCGUGAAGUAUGCAAUUGAAAGAGAGCAUGCUUUGGAGCUCAAAGAAUGGAACGAGACCGCAGAUGAUGACAAUGUUCCUUCUGAUUCAAAGAUCAAUUUUGCAGAUCUUGUUAUGACUCCAAGCGAGAAAAACGGCCAGAAAACAGAACAAACCCAACAGAAGCAGUCCGCAACAAAAGCAGCAUCGGAGCAUGAAGCAAUUGAGGUUCCGGUUCUUUUGAAUGAGCAAAUUAACAAGGUAAAAGAUGUUAAGGUUGAUAAAGGUAAGAAUUAA